CAAAAACUGGUAAUACACCAAUUCGUGACAGCUCUGGUUGUCAUUCAUCACAAAAAUCCAAAAAAAAAACUACAUUUCCCAACAUACAAAUGGCGGAUAAAAGCACUGUGUACAUUGACGACUACCAAUUUCAUCCAGGCGACGUCCCGAGAGGCAUGACCAAUUACGAUUACGCCUGCCUAACGAAAAAGCAGCAACAACGAUUGAAUAAUCACCGAGUGGAAAUAAUGCGCGAAAAUCAAAAUUACCUUUUCAAACAUCCCGAAAUCAGAGGAGUUAUUCAGAUAGUUCUCAGGCAGUUGCUCAGGGAAAGACCGAGCCACGAUAUACAUACAUACGUUUCGAAUUGGUUUGCUGCCAACACGGAAAAUAUUUUUAAAGACGUUAAUAAGUAUGUUGAAAAAGUCCAGAAACCAAUACCGGUAGAAAGUAAAACACAAGUCAAAGAAGAGAAACACGUCAAAUUGGAAGAUAGGGUGUUUGAUGGAAUAACUUCGAAGUCUAGUAGUGAGGAAUUAUUACCAGAUGAAAUAAAGAUUGUGAAAGAUCUAUUAAAUGAAAUUUUGGAUAAAAUUUAUACAUAUAAAGAUGAUGAGUCUGAAGACAAAAUCAGUUUUCGACGCCAACAUUCAGAAGACACAGACGAAGACAUCAUAUUUGAUUUGGGUCUCGAUUUUGAUUUAGAUUUCAGCGCCUAUCACGAAGAAGAUGAUAGUUAACAAUAAUUGCAUUGAAGUGUAGGUUUUCAGGUCAGAAAUUAUUUGAAUGAAUAAAUAUUAAACUGGCUUGACGACCCAAAAUUUGAAAUUAAAAGUAAACUUAUUGUACCUGAGUCUAGGUUGGUCUAGGUUAAUAGACUUAGAAAUUGUUUCUCUCAAAAUGUACAGCGUUUUGUUGACAAUAUUAAAUUUGUGAUUCAAUAUACAUUCUCGCUAGAAUAACAAUAUAUAUUUGUAACUUUUGAAAAAUUUAUUUCUGCAUGAAC